AUGGCAUUGACCAAGGAAAUUGAGCUACCCUCAGGAAAGAAGUAUACACAGCCUCUGGGGCUGUUCAUUAACAACGAGUUCGUCAACUCAUCAUCUGAGGAUGAGAUCGUCUCGUACAACCCGGCUACUGGCCAGGAAAUUGUAGCAGUGCAGGCUGCAGACGCGGUCACCGACGUGGAUUUGGCCGUCAAGGCCGCGCGCGAGGCUUUCCCAGGCUGGAGAGACACGCCUGCGACCGAAAAGCGCGACCUACUCCUCAAGCUUGCGCAAUUGGUGAUUGACAACGUGGAAAUGUUAGCGGAGGUGGAGUCACUAGACACUGGUAAGCCCGUGGAGCAAAACGCCAAGUAUGACAUGCUAGAACUCGCAGAAGUGCUGAAGUACUACGCCGGGUGGGCCGACAAGAAGACCGGGCAGACUUUCGUACCCAGCGCAGACAAGCUCACCUACACGUUGCAUCAGCCUCUUGGGGUCGUCGGGUGUAUCAUCCCAUUCAACUACCCACUUGCCAUGAUGUCGUGGAAGUGGACUGCAAUCGCUACGGGCAACACAACCGUGUUCAAGAGCGCAGAGCAAACGCCGCUUUCGAUCUUGUAUUUCGCGAACUUGGUCAAAGAGGCCGGUUUCCCACCGGGUGUUUUCAAUGUCGUCUCCGGUACCGGCGCCAAAGUGGGCGCUGCGAUUGCAGAGCACACCGGCAUCGAUAAAGUCGCCUUCACCGGUAGUACAGCCGUGGGUCAAAUCAUCCAACGCGCUGCAGCGGUCAAUUUGAAGCCAUUGACGUUGGAAUGCGGUGGGAAAUCCCCCAUCAUGAUCUUCGACGACGCAGACUUCGAGCAGGCCGUCAAGUGGACCGCCUGGGGUAUCUUCAACAACAUGGGCCAAAUCUGCUCCGGUACAUCGCGUUGUUUUGUGCAAGAGGGCAUUUACGACAAGUUCGUGGACGCGCUCGCCAAGCACGUCAAGGAAACCUACGUGGUCGGCGCUCCAUCCGACGAUAAGGUACUCGUUGGACCUCAGGUGUCCAAGAAGCAGCAAGAGCGUGUGCAGUCAUACAUCAAGAGCGGGCUCGAGGAAGGCUGUCGCGCCGCGCUGGGCGGUGAGGGCCUCCCUGAGGUCAUCGCCAGCUCUUCAGAGUACAAGAACGGCUACUACGUCAAGCCCACCAUUCUAGCAGACGUGCUUCCAACACACAAAGUAGCCCGCGAGGAGAUCUUCGGUCCCGUGAUCGUUGUUGGCAAGUUCAGCACCUACGACGACGCGCUAGCCAUCGCUAACGGGUCCGAGUACGGUCUUGGAUCCGCCGUCUUCACCCAGGACAUCACCCGUGCCCUCAACUUCGCCAAUGGCGUCGAGUCAGGCAUGUGCUGGAUCAACUCUUCCAACGACGUUGAGAUCGCCAGUCCUUUCGGAGGUGUCAAGAUGAGUGGCUACGGCAGAGAACUCGGUGAGUACGGCCUCGCAAACUUCACAAACGUCAAGUCCGUUCACGUGAACCUCGGCAAGAAACUAUAG